AUGGCUCCCACGGCUGCUAAGAAGAAGAUCGCCGUCAUGACCUCGGGAGGUGACUCCCCAGGUAUGAACGGCGUGGUGCGCGCAGUAGUCCGGACUGCCCUGCACAUGGAAUGCGAACCCUACUGCAUCUACGACGGAUACGAGGGCUUGGUAGUGGGCGGCGACCAGAUCCGCAAGGCAUCGUGGGGGGAUGUGCGUAACUACCUCGGACAGGGCGGAACUCUGAUCGGAACCCGCCGCUGCAUGGCCUUCUACGAACGUCCCGGCCGAUUGACCGCCGCCAAGAACAUGAUCCUCAACGGCAUCGACGCCCUCAUCAUCUGCGGUGGUGACGGCUCCCUGACCGGCGCCGACAAGUUCCGCGCCGAGUGGCCCUCCCUCAUCGAGGAGCUCGUCUCCUCCGGCCAGCUCAAGAAGCAGCAAGUCGAACCCUACAGGCACCUCAACAUUGUCGGCCUCGUCGGCUCCAUCGACAACGACAUGUCCGGCACCGAUGCCACCAUUGGCUGCUACUCCGCCCUUGAGCGUAUCUGCGAGAUGGUCGACUACAUCGAGGCCACCGCCUCUUCCCACUCAAGAGCUUUCGUCAUUGAGGUCAUGGGACGCCACUGCGGUUGGCUGGCCCUCAUGGCCGGCGUCGCCACCGGUGCCGACUUCAUCUUCAUCCCCGAGAAGCCUAGGGAGGAGAACUGGGAGCAGGAAAUGUGCGACAUCGUCAAGAGGCACCGAAGCUUUGGCAAGCGCAAGACCAUCGUAAUCAUCGCCGAGGGUGCCCACGACAGCAACGGCAAGAAGAUCACCUCCGAAAUGGUCAAGGACCUCCUCGCCGACAAGAACGGGCUUGCUCUGGAUACCCGCAUCACCACCCUCGGUCACGUUCAGCGAGGCGGCACCGCCGUGGCCUACGACAGAAUGCUGGCCACGCUGCAGGGUGUCGAGGCCGUCAAGGCCGUCCUCGAAGCCACCCCCGAGACCGAGACCUGCUUCAUCGCCAUCACGGAGAACCAGAUCUGCCGCAAACCGCUGAUGCAGGCCGUCAAGGAUACCAAGGAGGUCGCAAAGGCCGUCGACGAGAAGAACUUUGAGAAGGCAAUGUCCCUCCGCGACACCGAAUUCGCCGAGAUGUUCAGCUCUUACAUGAUGACCACCAACGUCAGAGUGGAUGACCACCAUCUGCCGGAAAAGGAGAGGAUGAAGAUUGGUUUCAUCAACGUCGGCGCCCCCGCCGGUGGCAUGAACGCCGCUGUACGAGCCGGUGUCGCCUACUGCCUCUCGCGCGGCCACGAACCCGUCGCCAUCCACAACGGGUUUGCCGGGUUCGCCAGACACCACGGCGACAAGCCCCUCGGCGCGGUGCGACCUUUCGACUGGCUCGAGGUCGACGGCUGGGCCAGCAAGGGAGGAUCCGAGAUCGGCACCAACCGAGAGCUCCCCUCCGAGUCCGGCAUGGAGCUCAUCGCCAACCUCAUUGAGAAGUACGAGUUCGACGGCCUGUUCCUGGUCGGCGGUUUUGAGGCCUUCCACGCGGUCUCGCAGCUGCGGAAGGCUAGAGAGUUGUACCCUUCGCUGUGCAUCCCAAUGGUCCUCCUGCCGGCCACGAUUUCCAACAACGUCCCCGGAUCCGAGUACUCGCUGGGCUCCGACACGUGCUUGAACGAGCUUGUCCAGUACUGCGACAAGAUCAAGCAGUCAGCCUCGGCCACCCGCCGUCGUGUGUUCGUCGUCGAGACCCAGGGCGGAAAGUCCGGGUACGUGGCGACGCUGGCCGGCCUCAGUGUCGGCGCGAGCGCCGUCUAUACGCCAGAGGAGGGCAUGGACCUCGAGAUGUUGGCCGCUGACGUCCGCCACCUCCGCGAGGUCUUCGCCAAAGACAAGGGACAGUCGUCGUCCGGUCGGCUGAUCCUCAUCAACGAGAAGGCGGACGACGUCUUCAACGCCAAGCUCAUCGCAGACAUCAUCCGCAAGGAGGCGCGCGGCCGGUUCGAGUCCCGCGACAGCAUCCCCGGCCACGUCCAGCAGGGCGGCGUCCCUUCGCCCAUGGACAGGUGUCGCGCCGUCAGGCUAGCUAUCAAGUGCAUGCAGCACCUCGAGGAGUUCCGGCCCAAGUCGCAUAACAGGUGCAAGAGGGACCCCAUGAGCGCCUCCGUCAUCGGCAUCAAGGGUGCCCAGGUCACCUUCACGCCCAUCCUGGACCUCGAGGACCACGAGACGGACUGGAAGAACCGCCGGCCCAAGGACGUGCACUGGGCGCACAUGGGCGACGUGGUCAACAUGCUCUCGGGCAGGCCCCCGCACAACAGGCCGGAGCGAAGCCUCAGCGGCAUCAAGGCCAAGGAUGUCAAGAGAGGUCUCGAUGACUGA